GUUCAAUCAUUUUAUCAUUUAAAACUCUCUCUCUCUCUCUCUCUCUCUCUCUUUCUCUUUCUCUUUCUCUACAGUUUCUUUUUUUUUUAUUCUUGGAAUCGGAAUAUUUAUACGGAAAUAAUAAUGAAACAUAUCUUUGCACUUGUGCAAGUAUUGACCAUGAUUUGGUUGGUUGCCUUGGCAUUCCCACAAAGAGACCGGUCAAACGAGAUUUCCGGUGAUCCUAAUGUACCAAGUAGUACUACGCAAAGAACAUCGACCAAUUGUCCGUGUAUCGCAACUGCAGAGUACAAUCCGGUAUGCGGCUCCGAUAACGUUACCUACUGGAAUAUGGGAAGAUUUAAUUGUGCGAAAAACUGUAACUCACAACUUGAAGUACGAGUAAUUAGAGCUUGCGAACCAUACAGUCAACUGAGCAGCAAUUAAAAUCCAAUAUUUAUCAUUACUUACUACGAGAACAAUAUGAUAGUAGGUACAGAUAAGCAAGUAACAGAGAUUCAUGCGCGGUUCUGCAAUCAAAAUUUCUAAUAUACGACCGCAAGCUGUUAUCUAUAUUUCUAACUAUUGAUUACACAGCAUCCUUAGGAAACUUAAAUUAUCAGUAUAAUUUAUCACAUUGAUCUUAUCAUUUUGUUUCAUUUUGUUUGUUGAAAAAAUACAUUAUAAAAGAUAAGUUACUACAUAUUUUUAUACAUAUAUAUUUUAAUAUAAUUUUUAGUUAUAAAAUAACAAUUUUAUCGUUAAGCUUUGCCGUGCAAAAGAUAGUAAUUUUUCUGGUAAAUAGUAGAAUUUUACAUACGUGUAACAUAAAAAUUCAUUAACAUUCUUAUGCGAUUUGUAAGAAUAAGUCUGACGAAUAAAUAUUCACUCAUUGGAACGACUUGAAUAAAUAUACAACAAGAUUG